UCGAAUAGUGAACUUGGUAAGAGGAGGGGGAUCCCCUUAGUCGUAGCGCUUACUUGUGAUUUUCUAAAAACAGGAGAAGCAAAGAAAAAACGAAGACGGGGCAAGAAGAGGCCCGCCACCUCACCAGUCGUCACCUUCCCUCCUUCCUUUCCAUCUCUUCCUUGCCAUUGUUGCCCAGCAAAACAGUCCGAUCCGCUCUGCGCGUUCCUACCGCUCGUCGAUCUCCAUUUCCUGAUCGAUCGGAUGGACUCGUUGUCGGGAGUCAGCGGCACUCUCGCCGAGCUCGAUGGGCAGAUCGCCGACAUAUUCCGAGCAUUAUCCAACGGGUUUCAGAAACUUGAAAAGAUCAAAGACGCAAACAGGCAGAGCAGACAGUUAGAAGAACUUACUGGAAAGAUGCGUGAAUGUAAAAGGCUUAUUAAGGAGUUUGAUCAAGGAAUCAAGGAAGAGGAGGCCAGUUAUGAUUUUGAAACUAACAAGAUGCUUAGUGAGAAAAAACAGUCAAUGAUUAAAGAACUGAAUUCCUAUGUUGCAUUACGGAAGAAGUACUCAAGCUCCCUUGACAAUAAGCGAGUUGACUUGUUUGAUGGACCUGAAGUUAAUGAAGGGCCUUCUCAGGAUAAUGGCAUGCUAGCUUCAACCAUGACUAACCAACAGUUGAUGGACACUGGACACAGAAUGAUGAAUGAAACUGAUCAAGCAAUACAGCGAUCAAAGCAGGUUGUUGAAGAGACAAUCAAUGUUGGAGCAGAGACAGCAGCUGCCCUCAAGGCGCAGACAGAUCAAAUGAAUAGGAUAGUGAAUGAACUGGACUCUAUUCAUUUUUCAAUCAAGAAGGCUUCUCAGCUUGUCAAGGAGAUAGGUAGACAGGUUGCCACUGACCGGUGUAUCAUGGCCAUGCUUUUUCUGAUUGUUUGUGGUGUGGUUGCUAUUAUUAUUGUCAAGAUCGUGAAUCCAAAGAAUAAAAGCAUUCAAGAUAUUCCGGGAUUAGCACCACCAGCACCUGGCCGGAAGCUUCUUUGGGACGUUUGCUAAUUGGAGCGUCGCAGUUUUGGUUUUCAUGUUAAUUAUUCUCAUUGAUUUCAUAUUCUUUUUCACAUUAUUGCUGCUCCAUCUGUGGCUGCAGUGGCAGCAGCUGCCGCUUCUGUUGUUGUUGGGGCCUGUGCGUAUGUAUACAAGUUAAAGUUGGGCGUUCUGAUUCCAGUGCCUCUGUAACUUUAGUUUCCUCAGUUUUCUUCUUUUGACUGUUACGCCAGUUGUACUAUGUUCUCACGUCUGAACCAAUGGCAACAAGUGCAUUGAGACACUAAUUUCCUGUUGGAUGUGUAUGAUCAUUAUUUAUUUGAUGGGGC